GUAAUUGUCGGCUUUGGUCUCAAGAUAAUAGAUGAUUACAAUUUCUGAUUAGUCACAACUCACAAGUGCAGUGUGAUAAAAAAUCUGCUUUUUGUAUAAUAAAUGCAACAAAUCCUUACAUGAAUAAUUAAGCAUUCAUUUUUUGUCAGUCUGAUUUUCUAAGGAAAGUAUUUGCUCAUAGUAAAUACUUACUGCUACAAGGUUUCCACGAUGGUAAAAUCUUGAACGAAAUUAACUCUGACAAUGGUGUGGCAGAUUAAAAUUUUACAGAUAAAACGCCAUGUUUGCUUCUUGUAUCAGUAGUUAACGACGGUGGUGAGUUCACUAAAACAGCUAAUAUUUACUGCUUUGGAAUGUUGGUUACAGAAGUGAUAGAAGUGAUCGGUAGUACGCCACCUUUUGUUGUGAUGAGAACUUUUGCUUUUGCUAUUGCUAAGAAAAUGAUAAAUUUAAUCGACGUGGAAGAAAAAGAACCAUUACUUAAUGGUUGUCAAUAUAUAAGAACAAGAAAAUGUCCUUCAAAAAGAAUUGAAAAAAGAUUAUUAAAUAAUUAUAAAGAAUUUUGUUUUAAAGAAUUUUCAAAUAAUAUUACUUCUUCUCCUAUAGAAGAAUGUCAAAUUGAAAUUAGAAGACAAGUUUAUUAUCUUAAAGAAUUAAAAAAAUCCGAUCAUAUUAUAAAAUUUUUUGGUGUUGCUCAAGAUAAUUAUAAAUUUUAUUUAGUUACUGAAUGGAUGGAAAAUGGAAAUUUAUAUGAAUAUUAUACAAAAUUUAGAUAUAAUAUUAAUUGGGAAACAAAAAUUAAAAUAGCUUUGGAUGUUUGUUGUGGUAUUGCUUAUCUUCAUAAACAUAAAAUUCUUCAUCAUAAUGUUCAAUCGGCAAAUGUUUUAGUAAAUGGGAAUAAUAAAGUUAAAUUAGCAAAUUUUGGUCUAAGUAGGAAAUUUUCCGAUAUUACAAGGAAUAUUUCUCAUAAUUUAGAAAAUGUAAGAUAUAUGGCCCCAGAAAAAUUAGAAAAUUGUGAGAAAAAGAAAAAGGUUCAAUAUGAUACUAAAUGCGAAAUAUAUAGUGUUGGAGCAUUAUUAUGGGAAAUUGCUGAAUUGAAAAAACCUCAUUCCGAUAUUGAUAGGUCGGAAAUCCUUGUUAAUAUUAGAACACGUAUUAGAAAUAGAUAUCGUUUACCAUUCUCAUAUGAAGUACCUAUGGAAUGGAUUUAUAUUGUAUCUAGAGCCAUGGAAUAUGAACCAGAAUAUCGUAUUAGUAUAUCAGAUAUUUGUCGUGAUUUAUAUAAAUUGAGUAGAAAAUUAUCGAAUGCUAAAUCUAUAUCACUUUCUUAUGUUGAUCCAAAUUCUGGUUUCUUACCAUAUAAUAAUAAUUCUCUCUGUUGAUGAUGCAAUUCAUGAACAUAAAUCAAAAAAUGGAAAUAAACAAUUGGCAUGGCAAAGUUUUAAAUAUCAUUCAACUAAUAACGAUUUGGCAAAAUAUAUGGUAGGUUAUUAUUAUUAUCAUGGUGAAGAAAUACCUGAAUUACAGCAAUUGAGUAAAAAAGAAAAGUUUAAAAUUGCUGCAAGUAUAUUUGAAGAAACUGCUGAUAAAGGAAAUCCUUCUGCUCAAUUAAGAUAUGGAAUAUGUUUAUGGAAAGGUGAAGGUGUUGAUGCAAAUUCUGAUAAAGCUCUAAAAUAUUUAAAAAUGGCUGCUAAUUCAGGAAAUUCUGCUGCCAUGUUUAUUAUUGGAAAAGCUUAUUGGAAUGGUGGUAAUGGUAUUGAACAAGAUAAAAAUCAAGGUGCUGAAUAUUUAAAAAUUGCUGCUUUAAAUAAUCAUCCA